GUGCGUACCGCGCGUGCCGAGCAGGCCGCGGUGCCGGGACCGCGGCGAUGCUGGAGGAGGCGGGCGAGGUGCUGGAGUCGGUGCUCAAGGCCUCGUGCCUCCCGCUCAGCGUCCUGCUCUUCGUGCCCGCCGUGCUCCUGCUUCUGGGCCCGCCGCCCGCCGCCGAGGCCGCGCACGAGUUUACGGUCUACCGCAUGCAGCAGUACGAGCUGGGCGGGCAGCCCUACGGCACCAGGAGCGCAGUGCUCAACACAGAAGCGCGCACAGUAGAGGCGGAUGUCCUGAGCCGCCGCUGCGUCAUGAUGCGGCUGGUGGAUUUCUCCUACGAGCAGUACCAGAAGGCUCUCCGCCAGUCAGCUGGGGCUGUGGUCAUCAUCUUGCCACGAUCUAUCUCUUCUGUUCCACAGGAUGUUGUAAGGCAAUUCAUGGAGAUAGAGCCAGAAAUGCUUGCUAUGGAAACCAUUGUGCCAGUCUACUUUGCAGUGGAAGAUGAAGAGCUGCUGUCUAUCUAUGAACAAACACGGGCUGCUUCUGCAUCACAGGGUUCUGCCUCAGCUGCAGAAGUUCUGCUGCACACGGCAACUGCCAAUGGCUUCCAGAUGGUGACCAGUGGGGCCCAAAGCAAAGCUAUCAAUGACUGGCUUAUACCCAGUGUGGAGGGAAGGCUAACAGGGCUGGGUGGAGAAGACCUGCCCACAGUUGUGAUAGUUGCCCACUAUGAUUCUUUUGGAGUGGCUCCAUGGCUGUCACAUGGUGCUGACUCCAAUGGCAGUGGUACCUCAGUGCUUCUGGAACUGGCCAGGCUGUUUUCCCGGCUCUACACCUACAGACGUACCCAUGCUGGGUAUAACUUGCUGUUCUUUGCAUCUGGAGGUGGCAAGUUUAAUUAUCAAGGAACUAAGCGGUGGCUGGAAGACAAUUUGGACCACACUGAUUCCAGCCUGCUGCAGGACAACGUAGCAUUUGUUCUCUGCCUUGAUACUCUGGGCAGAGGCAAUAGCCUUCAUCUCCAUGUCUCAAAGCCUCCCAAGGAGGGGACCUUGCAGCAUGCAUUUCUGAGAGAACUGGAGAUGGUUGUUGCCAGCCAGUUCCCAGAGGUGAAGUUUUCCAUGGUGCACAAGAAGAUUAACUUGGCUGAGGACAUGCUGGCAUGGGAGCACGAGCGGUUUGCGAUCCGACGCUUGCCAGCAUUCACCAUCUCCCACCUGGAGAGCCACCGUGACAGCCUCCGCAACAGCAUCAUGGACAGGAGGGCACGGAUAGACACUAAAGCGCUGAUCAGGAAUACUAGGAUCAUUGCUGAAGCUUUGACAAGGGUCAUCUACAAUUUAACAGACAAGGGAGCACCUGCAGAUAUGCAGAUCUUCACAGAUCAGAUGCAGAUCCAGCAGGAGCAACUGGAGUCAGUGAUGGACUGGCUGAGCAGUCAACCCAGGGCUGCCCAGCUGAUUGAUAAAGACAGCACCUUCCUCAACACCUUAGAAUAUUAUAUGGGACGCUACCUGAAGGAUGUCAAGCAGCAUCAUGUAAAGGCAGACAAACGGGAUCCUGAGUUUGUUUUCUAUGACCAGCUGAAACAGGUGAUGAAUGCAUACAGGGUCAAGCCAGCGAUCUUUGACCUGCUUCUAGCUGUCUGUAUUGCAGCCUACUUGGGCGUUGCCUAUGUUGCAGUGCAGCACUUUGGUCUCCUUUACAAGAUGAUACAGAGAUUAUCCCUUAAAACCAAGCAGCAGUGAAGCAACAAGUCAUCACCCACCCAGCAGCACUGAGCCAUCGGUGAGCCCAUCGGAAACCUUCUGCCUUCCAUUGAACCCUGCUAUUUCUCUUCCUCUUUGCUACUGUACAGAGGGGAGGAAGGCAUAAAGAAAAUGAAAUUUUAACUCUUGUGCACCUUUUAAGUGCUUUUCUUCACCUUCUUCCCCUGACUUGCACCGUGUCUGUUUUCCUUUGCAUUUUGGUGAGAGAGAGGCUCAGAGACUCCACCAAUUCCUGCAGUCUUAUUCUGGGCAGCUUCUAUGAGUGUAAAACAAAGUCCAACACCUUCAUGGACAUGUGUCAUACAGCCAACUUGGAAACUGAAACUACAGAGUGAUGUGUUAUCUCUGCCCACCAGACAAGGACUCGGAGCAGUUGUUUAAAAUUAAAGUGAAUGCAAUUAGCAUGUUUCCUUAUGGUACCUCUUCCUUAAAUUCACUGCCUGGCUUUAGUGAGGUGUGCUGAGCAAGCAAGCAAGCACCUUUUUGCAUUUUGUUUAGACUGCAGUAACUCAUGCCCUUUUAGGAGGUGCACUGUGAGUGAUCCUGACUGUUGUUGCCAGGAUGAGCAAAGAUUGCUGAGAUGAGUUUCUGGUAUUAGGGUUCUUGCCAGGACAGGUUCUCUCCUGUCCAUGUUGGAGGAUGCAUUUUGCUGUGCACUUGGUUACUCUGGAAGUUUAUGGUCUUUGGACAGUUCAUAGCUGCCACCACUCUGUGCUAAACUCUUGCUUGAUCUUUGAGGGGUGUUCUGUUGUCCCAACUGCUGCAGGAUUGUGUUCUGUGCUGUUCCAUGUACUUAAACAAGCUGGUUGCAUCAAUAACAAGAGCAAGAGCAGCCCAGACCUGGAAAAUAUAUCAAGAUACUGACUACAAGUCCUAGACUAGUUGUAGUUCUAGAAGAUAACCUGAUGAAGUAUUGUUCCUGCCACCCUGCAAGGUUUGAGUCCUUCCUCUGAUCUGUCCUAUGUACAUGACGUCUUUUCACAAGCCACAGUGGAUACCUUUUUUUUUAUUCUUUACACUACUACUUAUAAUUAAAAUAGUGUAUUUUACAGGGGC